AUGAGAUUCGAGCAAUGCCUGACAGUCGCUGGUGCUAGUGAUGUUGUUGUUGAUGUUGGUGAUGCUGUUUGUGCAUUUACUUGCGAUGGCGUUGUUGGCAGCGCCGAUAUGGACGAUGAUAAUGGUGGUGACAAUGGUGAUGAUACUUUUGCUGGUGUCUGCGCGGAUAGUGGCGUUGGCGUUUGUGUUGGCCUGUGUGAUGACUGCCGUGUUGGUGGUGGUUGUGGUGGUGUUAGUGUCGCUUUUGGUUUUGCUUGCUACCCGAAAAAGAUCGCAUUACCCACCACCAUCCUCAGUUGCUCCAAAAAUUGCGAAAAAGGUGGCCUGGCCGAGCAACUGAGCGGCGUGACUCGCUGUCUCAAGGACCAUGGAGUUGAGAAGCAGGAGAUGGAACGAGAACUCAGUCGUGUUCAAAAGGAACACUCGCUCUGCAAAAAGAAUUUCGAAAAGGCCGAAAGGGAACGCUCCCGCCUCAACGACAAUCUGGCUCGUCUACAGAAAGAACGCAUAGAUUUGGAACAGACCUCACGCCGCUUGGAGGAGGAGAAUAUGGACUUGCGCCGAAGCAUACAAAAGUUAGAGUCAAUGCAACAGGAGGGUCCGUCUCACACUGCCCUGCUGCUCGAGACCAGCGGACGUCAUCGUUUCGACGCUGAAGCCGAGCUCGAACGUCAACGGAUCUCAGCCAGUCAAACCGAGAAGACGGUACAGCUGCGUGAACGCGCCCACCGGCAGCGAGUCAAAGGCUUGGAGGAGCAGGUGAGAAUAAACGAGGACUAG